AUGGAUGCGGAUGGCAGAGAUGUUGAAAAUGGUAUUGAGAUUUCCUCAGUGGAACAAGAUGCUGAGGAGGCAAUAUUGGAAGAGAUGGCUUGUGCUACCCGACUGUUAGGGGUUGGGCUGCCAAUAGUGCAAGCAAAUAUUCUCAGUCCAAGUGGCAUAUCCAAGAUCCAAAAGGUUCCUGCUUUGUUGCGUCAAAAUCCCAACUUUGCUAGCUUCUGUUCACCCGAAAUGAUGUCAUUUGGUCCCAUGCAUCACCAUCGGCAGAAUGGUGAUCUCCAACUGGGACAACAAUUCAAAUACCUUUGGGCGUUCCGUUAUAUUACGCAAUUCACAUGCAGUCGAGGUAGACAAGUUGAAGAUUCAAAAAGGUUUCUCUAUGAAACUGUAACACAACACAUACAGCUGUUAAGAGAUAUGUUCAGUGAGGACGUGACUAAAGGGUACAACGAUAAGGAACUAGCACAGAUUUUGUUUGUGGAUGGAUGUGCUUUGCUCUAUUUCAUGAAAAACGUUGAUGAUUCAGAACUGGUGAUGCUAAAGUUUGACCAGUUGUGGUGUAUAUGGAAAGAUAUUAUCUUGUUGGAAAACCAACUUCCAGCAAAAUUGUUGUACUUACUGAUCGGUGAUUCUCCAGUUCGCUAUAAGAACAUAGGGGAUCUUAAAAAAGCGGGUAUUCAAGUGAAAGUAAGCCAAACUGAUGAAUGGAAAUGGCUUGACAUUUCUUUCACCUCCAACUUGUUUAGAGGACACUUGAUGCUUCCACGGAUUGUGAUUAAUGACCUCACACGUUAUCUCUAUCACAACUUGAUUGCAUAUGAGAUGUGUCCGGAUUUUCGUCACGGUUUCGAAUUUUACUCUUUCUUUUCUUUGAUGGAUUCCUUCAUUGAUGACGCUGAGGAUGUGAAAGAGCUCAGAGAAGCUGGUGUCCUAGAAAACUCCCUUGGAAAUGAUGAAGAAGUGGCCAAAUUCUUCAAUGAACUAGGCCAUGUAUUGCUAAACAAAGAUCUCAACUACAAUAAUAAAUAUGCUGAAAUCAAGUGGCAAAUCCAAAAGCAUUGCGUAAACAAAUGGAAGACUUGGUGGGCUCAAUUAUACAACACUUACUUCAAUACCCCAUGGUCUUACAUUACCUUUUUUGCUGUUGUGUUUGCAUUGGUUCUUGCUUUUCUUCAAACAUUCUAUACCUUAAAUCCUACUAAGUGA